AUGGGAGCGGACAGCAUCCCUGGCCCGGAGGCGCAGCACCAGGUGGUUCUCGCCCUGGGCCAGGAGAAGGCUUGUAUCGGCGACACGCACGUUUCUAAACCGGAACAGCAGCGCCUGGUGUUUCCUACUUUCCACUUCUACGGUGCCCACCUGCCCAGGCUCAUCUCCUCAGACAGACCGUGGACUUGGCCUCCACCCGCCUGUGCCAGGAUGGACAUCCCUGCUUUGGACGUGGACCGGAUGGUUCUUUAUAAGAUGAAGAAAUCCGUGAAAGCAAUAAAUAUCUCUGGGCUGGCUCACGUGGAAAACGAAGAGCAGUACACGCAGGCCCUGGAGAAGUUCGGCGGCAACUGCGUGUGCAGAGACGACCCGGACCUGGGGAGCGCCUUCCUGAAGUUCUCCGUGUUUACGAAGGAGCUGACGGCACUUUUCAAGAACCUGAUUCAGAAUAUGAACAACAUCAUCUCCUUCCCUCUGGACAGUCUGCUGAAGGGGGACCUGAAAGGCGUGAAAGGGGAUCUGAAAAAGCCUUUUGAUAAAGCUUGGAAGGACUAUGAAACAAAAAUCACCAAGAUUGAGAAGGAGAAGAAGGAGCACGCCAAGCUGCACGGCAUGAUUCGCACUGAAAUCAGCGGGGCUGAGAUUGCUGAAGAGAUGGAGAAGGAGCGGCGGCUUUUCCAGCUGCAAAUGUGCGAGUAUCUGCUGAAGGUCAAUGAAAUUAAGAUUAAAAAGGGAGUGGAUUUACUUCAGAAUCUGAUCAAAUAUUUCCAUGCCCAGUGCAAUUUUUUCCAGGAUGGACUGAAAGCAGUUGAGAGCCUCGCUGUACCUCAUUCGCCCCUCUCUGCUUGGUUUUGUUUUGCAAAGAUCAAGCAGGCCCAGGACGAAGAGAGGAGGCAGCUGAUACAGCUCCGAGAUAUUUUGAAGUCAGCCUUGCAGGUUGAACAGAAAGAGUCUAGGAGAGAUCCACAAGUUCGCCAGAGCACAGCCUACAGCCUACAUCAGCCUCAGGGAAACAAGGAGCACGGGACGGAGCGGAGCGGCAGUCUGUACAAGAAGAGUGACGGGAUCCGCAAAGUGUGGCAGAAAAGGAAGUGUUCGGUUAAAAAUGGCUUUCUGACCAUCUCCCACGGCACCGCCAACCGGCCUCCCGCGAAGCUCAACCUGCUGACCUGCCAGGUGAAGACCAACCCCGAGGAGAAGAAGUGUUUUGACCUCAUUUCACAUGACAGAACAUACCACUUCCAAGCAGAAGACGAACAAGAAUGUCAAAUAUGGAUGUCUGUGCUGCAGAACAGCAAGGAGGAAGCGCUGAACAAUGCGUUUAAGGGGGACGACAACACCGGAGAGAAUAACAUCGUCCAAGAGCUGACCAAGGAGAUCAUCGCCGAAGUGCAGAGGAUGACAGGCAAUGAUGUGUGCUGCGACUGCGGGGCGCCCGAUCCUACCUGGCUCUCCACCAAUCUGGGCAUCCUGACCUGUAUCGAGUGUUCCGGAAUCCACCGAGAGCUCGGAGUUCACUAUUCCAGGAUGCAGUCCCUGACGUUAGAUGUACUGGGAACAUCUGAGCUGCUGCUUGCCAAGAAUAUCGGGAAUGCAGGCUUCAAUGAGAUUAUGGAGUGCUGCCUUCCAGCUGAGGACUCGGUCAAGCCCCACCCGGGCAGCGACAUGAACGCCAGGAAAGACUACAUUACUGCCAAGUACAUCGAGAGGAAGUACGCAAGGAGAAAGCAUGCGGAUAAUGCAGCGAAACUCCACAGCCUUUGUGAGGCCGUCAAGACCAGAGACAUUUUUGGAUUACUCCAAGCGUACGCUGAUGGCGUGGAUCUCACAGAAAAAAUCCCGCUGGCCAACGGACACGAGCCGGAUGAGACCGCCCUGCAUCUUGCCGUCAGGUCGGUGGACCGGACUUCUCUCCACAUCGUGGACUUUCUAGUCCAGAACAGUGGGAACCUGGAUAAGCAGACGGGGAAGGGCAGCACCGCGCUGCACUACUGCUGCCUGACGGACAACGCCGAGUGCCUGAAGCUGCUCCUGAGGGGAAAGGCCUCCAUCGAGACAGCUAACGAGUCAGGAGAGACGCCCCUGGACAUCGCCAGACGCCUCCGGCACGAGCACUGUGAGGAGCUGCUGACCCAGGCCUUGUCGGGAAGGUUUAAUUCCCACGUCCACGUCGAGUACGAGUGGCGACUGCUGCACGAAGACCUGGAUGAGAGUGACGACGACGUGGAUGAGAAGCUGCAGCCCAGCCCCAGUCGGCGAGAAGACCGGCCCGUCAGCUUCUACCAGCUGGGGUCCAACCAGCUGCAGUCGAAUGCCGCCUCUUUGGCCAGAGACGCCGCCAGCCUGGCCAAGGACAAGCAGAGAAGCUUUGUGCCCAGCAUCUUGCAGAACGAGACGUAUGGAGCCGUCCUCAGCGGCAGCCCGCCACCCUCCCAACCUGCGGCCCCCAGCACAGCUGGCGCACCCCCCCUGCCCCCACGGAACAUUGCCAAAGUUCAGCCAGCCUCCUCCGCUAACGCCCUGUGGAAGACAAACUCUGUAAGUGUGGACGGUGUAAGCAGGCAGCGAUCUUCGUCAGAUCCGCCAGCCGUCCACCCACCGCUGCCCCCUCUUCGCGUGACAUCUACCAACCCCCUGGCUCCCACCCCACCCCCUCCGGUGGCAAAGACGCCCAGUGUGAUCGAAGCCCUGAGCCAGCAGAGCAAGCCGGCCCAGUCCGGGGUCCCCCUGGGCAAAGCCCCUGCGCUGCCCCUGCCGCCCCAGCCACCCAGCCGCCUGCCGCAGAAGAGGCCCGCUCCCGGGGCUGAGAAGUCAACCCCGCUGAUCAACAAAGGCCAGCCGAGGGGACCAGCAGCGGAUCUCUCUGGAGCGGAAGCCCUGGGUCCUCUGUCCAGCAGUGCGGUCCUGCAGCCCCCAGCCCCCAUGCCCAGGAAGUCGCAGGCUACCAAGUUAAAGCCCAAGCGUGUCAAAGCUCUCUACAACUGUGUGGCCGACAACCCAGACGAGCUGACAUUCUCCGAGGGGGACGUGAUCGUCGUGGACGGGGAGGAGGACCAAGAGUGGUGGAUCGGCCACAUUGAUGGGGACCCCAGUCGCAAAGGAGCGUUUCCUGUAUCAUUUGUGCACUUUAUUGCUGACUGAAUUGCUACUGAACAAACAAACAGACAAAAAAAUACUUCUUUUAACAGUUAUGUUCCUAUUCUGUUCUUGGUACCCUCGCCCGCAUGGCCGGUUUCACGGAACGUAUCGUCCGCCAGCACUGCUCUUCUUUUUUACACACUCAGAGGCAACUUUAUGUGCAUAAAUGAAUUGUUUUUAUAAUUUAUGGUUUUCAUGAAACACUGCCAUACUUUUAUUAGGAAAAACUGACUUUCCUAAAAGGUGAACUGAAGUUAUUUUACUACGUAAUCGAGACCCUCAGUCUCCAGAGUUAGCUGAACCUAAAAACGUUUGAGGAUUAGAAAUUCCUCAGCUCUCCUCGGCCUGCUUCUAGAGUCCGUUAGCGCAGUUGGCUUAGGUUGGUAAACUUGCUUGAGAAGUAGCCCAGUCCUGGACUGUCGAGAUAAAAUGCUAUCAGUUCACCUUUAAAGACAUUUAAAAAAAAAAAAAAAAAAACCUUUAAAGAUCUCCUUUGAAAUCCACCCAAGGUUUAGUUCAAGCAACUUGGAAACUGACGCCUGAGCGUUGUACUUUCCAGCCCUAAUUUGUGAGGUUGCAACAGCUAUUGUAUUCUGCAUGUGCGUGUAGCCUGUUGUGAACGAUCCUGCUUAAGCAAACCAUCCGCGGUUUAUGACAGCAUACGGUCCUAGCAGUUAAUUCAGGUCCACGGUAGAGAAAACUGCAUUUCCUGAAUUUGGUUCUCGACUAAGGAUGAUGGAUUGCAAAAGUUCUUUAAGCUAGUUUAUAUGCUUUAGGUGUUCUGGAACUUGCCUUCUUGACCCUCCUCCGUCACCCAGCCAGCGUGCCGUGGCACAGACCCCGCUUUGUUCACACACUGCUCAGUGUGCCGCUGCCUUCCCUUCCCGGCUCCCCGAGAACCGUUACUCGGCGUAGCGUCUUGUAUUUAUAUACCGUACCACCAGGAAUGGUAGUUAUACUGUCUUGAAAUCGGAUCUGUCCAUUUGUAAUCAAGAGCAUACCCGAAAUCUGUAGGCCCCAGGUAACAAAAUACUCCUGCCCAGACAUCCCCGUCACAACUGACCUCCAUCACGUCAUUCUCACUGGGGGUGGGGGGCGUGGGUGUGUUAUGAUAAACCAAAACUCAUGAGUUUAACCACCUUGAUUAUCAUCCCUCUGUUUUAGUGAUUGUGAGUAUAAGAUUCGUAAUAGGAAUACUGGACGUUGUGGCACUCUAGAAUAAGCAGGCCGAUAACGCCCACGGAUUUGUACCAGAAGCGAAGGGCUGAGCGUAGGGCCGGCCCGGAGAGCGAGGCAGCGGUGUCCUCACCGCGCGGCCACGUGGCGCCUUUGACUGGAGCAGCCCGUCUUUAUGAGGCAAGACUCUUGUAAGUGCGGAGCUUUGUGUUUUUUUCCAUUACUAAUUGCAUUCUACUUUUUCUUGUUUUUAUAAAGGAAAACAGAACUAACUGGAACAUUUUAUGAUGUUGUGUGGCCACUGCUUUUUGCCUUCCAAAGUUCCGGGUAAAAAUAUGUUAGAUCUGUGAUUAAAUUUGUUUUGUUUUGAUUUUAAAGCACUACAUCUGUUUUCACUAAUUGUUCAUUUCUGAUGUUUGAACCCUUCAUUUAGUUAAUCCCUCAUAGAUUUAAGAAAGUAAACAGAUAUUUUGCACAGUGCACUUAAUGUAUAUUUUACCACAGUCCUCUUGCAUUCUGUGUCUCGUAAUCUGCCUUCUGACCACUUGGUGCCAGCUUUAUAAGGAAUUAAAGUGGAUUCUCACUGACAUUUAAACGCCAGUUCCAAACCAGUCUGUCAGGUUCACUGGCACAGAGCUAUCUAGGAACCGUUUUUCAUUGGACAAUUUGGUGGUGCUAUUGUGCAGUAAUUAAUAUUACUCGUGCCAGAGGAGAAAUUCUAGUACCUUCCCUGCUAACAUCCUUUCCUAGUUCUUUGCUCUUUGCAAAUUAAGAGACAACUUGGGAGAGAGGAAAACACUGUAGAUACCUAUUUAUAUUUAAAGUUUACGCUCCGUGAACGUAGCUGCGGGAUUCUGGCAUGUUCCUGCCGCUCUCAUCAGAUCUGACGUUGAGGGCUGGGGACCCCGAUGCCUGCACGGACUCGCAGCCCCUGCGGUCUGCUGAGGGGCGGACGGCGCUCUGCGGCUUGGAGAUGGCUGAUACUCCGGUCAUUCACUUGAUUACUCUGAAUUAGUUGCAGCGCAACUGUAUAUAUUGUAUAACCUAAAUCAGUUCUUAUUUUCGUGGUCCUUACCGCAGUGAUUUAUAAUUAGAGCAUGUUCAGUAAGGUGACUCUUCCUGUUAACUAGUCAUUUGACUGGAAAAAAAAUAAAAUACCUGUAAAUGGA